AUGUCCGCUGCACGAACGGCUUCUCGCCGUGUUCCGGCUGCGGAGCCUUUCGCGAGUAGCUCAGCAUCCAGCAGUAGCGCUUCCUCACCUUUAACGCCAGAAGAACAUCUGCUCAGCCAUGUCAACAACAUGCGCAAGUGCUGCGACAUGUCCCUCUUCUACAAAAACCUCCAAGAGCAAGGUAUCGACUUUAUCGCCGAUAGCCUUUUACAUGCAAAUGACAUCUUUGCCAAGUAUGCAACAACAUCCCGUAGUGUCGCAUCUCCAUCCAAGCUUGCUGGUGAGCUGCUCAAGUCUCCUGUUCGCACGCGCACGCGCACCCGCGAAGCUGUCGGAACCGCCGGACGAGCACGCGGAGCAUUGAAUGCUUCAAAUGAUGGCUUCAAUGACCCCGCCGAUAUCUUUGACAAGGAGAAUGCACCUCUUCCGGCUCGCUCCUCCCGAUCGCGCACUGCAUCCUCCCUCGAGCCUCAGAAGGCCAAGGGUAAGACCAAAGGCAAGGCCAUUCACGUCGUUGAUGAGGAACCACACUUCCCUCUCUCGAGGCCCUCCCGCAGAGUCCUUGGCGACGUCAACACAAAGAAUGACGAGACGAAACUUGCCUCGCAGCCCGCCAAGCCCACCAGCAAGAAACCGACCCGAAGUAAGCCUGCACCUUACGACGAUAGCAUGGCCAUCGACGCGUCGUUGCAAGAAGACCGUUCGCCAGACGAAACCAUCCCAAGAGCUUCCACACCGCCUCUGCACGCAUCGUCUUCCAAGACAGAAACCGAUGGUGAACCUAGUAAGGCUGCACAGGUAGAGCAUUUGGACGUCAUCUCCGUCAUUGACUCGGACGAGGAAGACUCGGACGGAGAUUCAGAUGCCGAGCCAAGUGCAGCAAAGGCAAAGGAACAGGCAGACGGUACCAACACCAACAAUGCCGAGUCCACGGUCACAAGCACGAUCGUAUCUCAGAGCACUCGCAGCGACGCCACGACCGUAUCCUUCCGACCAGACACUAACGACACGGUUCGAUCCAACGACAAUACUGUCUCUGGCACCCUCGUUGAUCCUAAGCUUGAAAGCGCCCGUCAAGCAGCCUCAGCUCUGCUCACUGGCAAGCUCCAGCAGCAAAAGGACGGCAACACCGAAAAGCCCGUCAAACGAACGCUCGCAUCGUACGGCGCAAAGAAAAGCUUGCCGGCUGCUGCCCACAAUGCGCGUCCUAGCAAUGUCACCGCUACGCUCCAUCCCGCCUCAACUCCUGCCGGUCCCGGUUUCCGCUCUAGCUUCCUCAACAAGAGUCUGCGCAAGCAGAUUGCCGACCAGGAAGCCAUGAAGAGCGCCGACUCCGAAAGUGAUUCGGACGAAGAAGAAGGCGGUCUGGUCGCCGGUGCUGCCUUUGCCGCCAUGUAUAAGAGAACCGCGGCCAACACACAGGCCAACACGCGUGCCAACGCUGCAUUCUCGUUGAACAACAGCAGCGUCAGCUCCAAGAAGCGGAAGAGCGACGAGGCUCUGCCAGCCGCAAGCGAUGCAGACCUCGGAGGGGCUGUUCCGCCUCACAAGAUGUCCAAGUUUGGUGCUGCCAUGCUUGCUGCCAAAACGCAGUCGUCCGCCCCUACGCCUGCAACCAAGAAAACGCCUGCUGCGGGUCACGCGUCCAAGCUCGAGCAACUUCGCAGCACUUUAGCUCACGUUGCGCGCAGCAAUGGCAGCGGGGUCAGCUCCAGCUCGACUUCGCAAUCUUUGUCUUCUGCUACAUCGCCCUCGGCUCUGGAAGAAGCUGCACUCGUCUUCCCUUCUGCUGCUGGCGUCUCGAAAGAUGCAACGAUCCCGCCCAAGACCCCAGCCUCUUCGGACGACUCGAGAGACAUGCACUCGAAAUCCUCAGACUUAAGCUCCGACUCGACGGAAAAGAUUGCGCAGGGCAUCAAGAGUGGCGAGUCCACCAUCAAGGCUUCCGCCAUCCCGCGCUCGCCCGCUCGCUCUCCUUCUCGGAUCGCUGCCAAUCCACCCGCGGUGCUUCCGCCUCGUACGGGCAGCGUGCGCAAAUCUCCACGUAAGCUGACCGAGCAGGUGAAAGCGAGCCAGCAAGAGUCGGCGCUCUCUGCCUCACCCGGACCAAAGGUCAUGGAUCUUGCCAAUGUCUUCCAGUCAUCAAGAAGCGGCGCUGUGACUGGUCAGCAAGCUCCACGCAGCCCUACUACGCAACCUCGAAGUCUCGCUGCGCUAUUCGGCAGCCCGAAGCAAAGCACCAAACUUCCGACCCUCUCGACAGCGGCGGGCGGUAGCACAACUCCGGCGCACUCUCCGCCCAAGAACUGGCAGGCAAGUCGCCUACCUUUUGCUCAGCCAUUUCCGUUGCAACCCAAAGGGAUGGAUAAGUCGUUGCCUCCAAAGCCAUCCGACGAAGCUGUCAGGCCAAUCGUGGACGGAGUCGCCGAGAGUCAGCGCACUGUCUCAGCGGCGUCGACGGUGCUCUCCACUUCUAAGGCGGCGCAGACAGCGGAGAGUCAGUUCUUCGAUGCUCGCUCCAGGGAGAACAGCCCGGAGCCAAUCGAAGGCGCAGCUCCAGCCGCGACGGUGAAGGCUCCUGUUUCAAGAAACGCAACGUCGACAUCCGAUGCGACCGCGCCCGAGGCGUGUGCGAAGAAGGAGCCGGUUGCAGCCGCAAGCGCGCCUGUUGCAGCACCCAAGGCGUCCAGCUCCGCAAAGACUCCCUCUCUAUCCCCCAAGAAAGUUGCGGCCAAAGCGCUUGCGAAAGCAGGACCGACCUCGCCGACCAAGGCAAGUAGCCUCCGAGCAGCAGCAAAUGCCGCCUCCCCUUCCAAGUUCAAGAGUCAAACCUCCGCACGUACGGCACAACAGUCUGGCAUGCCGGCUUCGUCUGCGUCUCCAUCGAGGACGUGGGGCAUCGGUGAAAAGAUCAAGGGCUUUCUCGGGCUGCAUGCCUCCACCACAAACCACCCGUCCACAGCAAUUGCCCAAACCAAGAUCUCGGCUUCCAGCACGUUCCAGCCACGAGCUAUUGGUAUUCCUGCUGCCACUGCAAGCGCUACUGCUACUGAGCAGAAGGCUGUUACGGCAGCAACAGCAGGAGCGUCAGCGACCACGCCUGCAACAUCCAUUCCUGGUGCUUUGAUGACCAGCCCUCCGCCCGCAAUCAAGACACCGCAGGUCAAUUCAACGCCGUCCAGUGCCGCUGCUUCCACCACCACCAAUGGAAAGCUCACCAGCAUCGCGCGUGCCGAGAUGCUACGCAAGAAGCAGGUGGAGGAGGAAGAGCGCAAGGCCAAGGAGAAGGAGGAGCGUCGACGAAUGCUCAUGGCCAAGAAGGAAGAACGCGCUAAGGCGGUCGCCGAGGAGGAACUCGAAAGGGAGAACCGCAAGCGUGCACGCGAGCACAAUGACCGUGUCGCCCGGUCCGGUGCUGAAGAUGCCAGCAUCGCUUCGUCCAACGGCGCUCCGGCCGCUAUUCCAGCUGCGCUCUUGGGCAACAUUGUCGUCGGCGGCUCUGUCACGUCUGGCAGCGUCCACAGCGGUGCAAUCAGCUCUAGGACGAGCGUUGUGAGCACGGUGAGCAGCGGACCGCCCACACGACCUUCGAGUGCUCUCAACGGCAGCUAUGCUGGCGUCAAGAGCCGUUACAUGCAGACCUCGGUUCAGCAGCAGCAGCAGCAGCAGCAGCAGCAGCAGCAGCAGCAAAGCGACGAGAGCAACAAGAAGCGCCGCGUCACCAAUGACAAGGACGUUGGAGCGGUCAGCUCACAAUUGCAGAUCAAGCAGCCGCAGCAGCAGCAAUCACAGUCCGCGACCGGUGCUCGUCCUGGUACGUGCGUGGCUACCUCGCAGAUUGCCGCGCCCAAGAUGGUCCGCACCAUAAGCCAGUCAUCAAUUCGACCCGGUGUUCCAUCGCAAACUGCUGCCCAGCAACAGCAGCGUCUCCAGCCACAAGUAGGUGCGCAGCAACCACCGCAGCACAUCAAGCUGGCUAUGAAAUCGGGCGCGGCAGCAGCAGGAGCUGGCUUUGGAGCAGCGCCACGUAUCCCAGGCGCUGGUGCUACGUCAGGCAAUGGAACCGCCACUGCCUCGGUGAUGGUCAAUGCUGGUAAGGCUGCGCUAGGACAUGCGUCCACGUCAGCGCCGCCGCCGCCGACCAAAGCAAUGGCCAACGCCAACUUUUCAUCUUCAAAUCCGUUCCAACAGGCCAAGCAGCAGCAGCUCCAGAUGCAGAUGCAGAAGCAGAAACAGCUGCAGAUGCAGCAGCAAGCUGCAUCUAGCGCGGCGCAGACUCAAGCUGCUGCCACUGCUGCCGCCUUGCGAGAGCAAGAGCUGCACCGCUCGGCACAACUGCAGUUCCAGAUGCAGAACGCAGCAGGCGGCCGCUUUGAAGAGUGGGACGACCCCGCAGCUCAGCAGCAAGGGGGCGGGGAUGCUGACGAGGCACUGCCCGACAUUGCGUCGGAAUACUCUGACUCGGAAGACGAGGAAACCAUUCAGAAGCGAGCGGCCAUGCCACUGUGGACCCAAGGUGACGCCCUGGAUGCUGCACUGCUCGCGCAGUCGACUGUGGAUGCCGACGAGAUCUUUGGUAUUCCUCAGGGUCCCGUCGAGCUCGAAAAGAUCUUACCGGGUGAGCGUACUGCCAAUCGUAUCCGUCGUCCACGCACCUCGUCUGCCAACUGGUCGGGUCCCGACGGACUGGCACAGUGGGAGAUCGAUAGGUACAACAAGCGCAUGGGCAUCAAGGGAGUUGGUGUGCAACUGGCACGAAGGGACGGCAGCCACCCGCCUCCACCACCCCCUGGCGUCAUGGCGAGACUGUCCAUGGCUCAACGCCAGUCUAUGUCGCAUCAUUCGACGGUUGCUGCUGCGUCUUCGACAGUCGCAUCGUCAUCAACCUCCUCAGCUGCCAAUGGCGGUAAGAGGGACGAUGGCCGUGGCAAACCUUGA